GUGAGAGAGAGGGAAGACAUUGUCUGAGAGAGAGGGAGAGUGCAAGUUGGGUACUAGCCUAAAGCCCAGAGGAAGUCUACGCUGUGUAAAUCUGGAAAGUGAGAAGAAUUCACCAUUUCAUUGCCACUUUAUUUUUUUUGCUUUUAAUGAGCAGGGCAGUGAGGUGAAUGUGGUGAGCAAUGAGCCGCAGUGUUCAACUGCACCACAUCUCUGACCUCGAUUCGUGAGAGUGAGGCUGGGGGGGAGACAGGGGGCAUUCAGAGGGGGAGAGGGGGAGAUUUAGCACAGUGCCGGGUUUUUACUACCCCCCACAAUCGGAGGCUAAAAGCAACAGUGGGGCAAAGUGGAGCGACCGAGGAAGAGAAACCGUAACCUUUUUCACAAAGAGUUUGCAAAAACAGCACUUAGAAGAUCCUGCAAGGAGGCCUCUGAUGAGCACAGAGAAGGUGUGUGUGGUAUCAUCCUAAUUUAGAGCUGUAUUCUGAGGGACGGAGGCUGGUCGGAAACCAAGAGGAGCACAAUGUCACGAUCUGACGAGGUCAACAAAAUGACAGAAAACGUCUACAAGGGUAUUCUGGACCAGUUUAACCCCAGUCUGAAGAACUUUGUCACCAUGGGAAAGCACUAUGAGAAAGCUCUGACUGGAGUGACCAUUGCAGCUAAGGGCUACUUUGAUGCACUGGUCAAACUGGGGGAACUUGCCAGUGACAGCCAAGGAUCCAAAGAACUGGGUGACACGUUGUUCCAGAUGGCUGAAGUGCACAGACAGAUCCAAGUGCAGUUAGAAGAUGUGCUGAAGCAGUUUCACUCCGAACUUCUCUCUCAGCUGGAGCAGAAGCUGGAUCUGGACAUUAAAUACCUCACAGCAACCCUGAAGAAGUAUCAGAACGAGCGCAAGUCGAAAGCAGAGUCUAUCGAACGCUGCCAAUCACAGCUAAAGAAACUACGCAGGAAAAGUCAGGGCGGUCGCCACCCGAACAAGUACGGAGACCGAGAGAUGCAGUAUGUAGAGCUGAUGAGCCGCAGGCAGACGGAGUUGGACACGCUGGUUGCUGUGGGUUACCGCUCAGCUCUGACGGAGGAGAGAAGGAGGUACUGCUUCCUGGUGGACCGCCAGUGCUCUGUCACCAAGCUGCUAAUCAACUACCACUGCAAGGUGCGGGAACUCCUGUCCCAGAAGUUGUCGUCAUGGCAGCAGUCCUGCUCCCAACCUACCAAACUCCCAGAGCGAGCACUCAACUUGCUGCGGCACACGGCUCCUCAGGGCUCCGGGGCUGCUGGGAUAGCAGAGGUCCUCAGACAUGCCAAACUGGGCACUGCUCAGUCUGGAGAGCAGAGGUUGUCCAUACAGGAAGUCCCUCCCUUGCUUAACGGUGAGGCCAGCAACCGCUCUCAGCAGCAGCAGCAGCAGCAACAACGGGGGUCUCAGUCAGGCUCCUCUGAUCCCAGCCCUUCCUCUCUCCCUGCACCGUCUGCAACCAGCACACCUCAACACAGCUCCCCCAACGGCCCCACCCUCAGUGCCAGCGCCUCCGCCAGUCCCGCCCAGUCCCAGUCCAGUCUACAGUCUCCACCUGCCACCAUUUCUGCCUCUCUUUCUCUCAGCCCCACCUCCCUACAGAGCCUGGCUCUCCCCCCGAAUGCUCCACACAGUCCUCCUCUUCCCCACAGUGCCCCUCUCUCCCGUGCACUCACACCUGUGCCCUUUGCUCUCCAGCAGGGCGGCGCUACCUCUCCACCUCUCCACAAUCCUCUGAUCCUCAAGGCUACUGAACUCUAUGCAACUUCUACACUGCCGUUGCCAAGGAGACAGCCCAGUGAGACACGGACUGGGAUCUUCGGUUCUUCUCUUCCUCGAGUACUUCCUCUCUCUCCUCCUCCUCGUGUUGAGGCGCUGUUCCCCCACUCCCCAAGCUCUGCUGAAGGAGGUGUAGGACUAGAAAGAGGAGGAGGAGGAGGCUCCUGCCUGCUGUCCUUCCUCCCUGGAGACACCCUGAGUCUACUGAUCAGCGAGCCGAGAGAUGGCUGGCACUAUGGGCAGAAUGAGAGGACGGGACGGAAAGGCUGGUUUCCCUUCUCCUACACACAGCCGUUCCCAAACACACCUGAACAGCAAGAUAUCAGCCUCCCUCUACUGUCUAAGCUGAACAGCACGAGCACAGGACAGUUGGACAGACUGCCCCCUGGUGGCGAGCUGAAGCAGGCCAGCCCAGAUUCGGAAGAUGACAGGAGUGUGGUGUCCCAGCGCAUUAGCACCUUCAGGCCACGACCCUACAGCAUGAUGAACCCUGACACCAAACAGCUCAGCCCCAGACUGUCUGCUGACCGACUCAAGGACAAACUGCCUGCCGAGCGCUCCUCUCCCCCUCCGUCCCCCAACAGGACCAAUCCGUUUGCUCACAUUCGACUGAGGAAGACUGUGACCAACGACCGCUCAGCUCCCCUCAUCGACUAGAGUCUCUGUGUUACAGUAUGGUUCAGGCCUAGUUCAGAGGGCAUUUGUUGCACACAACUUUAUGUGCCAACACUUAAAAACAACUACCCCAUCAGUGUUAGUUAGAGCGAACCUGUUCUGUAGAGAGAUAAACAUUUGAACUUGUACAAAACAACAUGUAUGAAGAAAUUUAUCAGUAAGCACAUCAACAGAGAUUUGAUGUAUAUCAUUUAAAAUAUAUCAACUGAUUCCCAGAGUGUUUUCCUGAUUCUCCUUGAAGAUACAAUAGUUUAAAGGCACAUC